AUGGAUGAAGCUGAGCAGGACCAGUAUGAAGCUCGGCUCAAGGAGCUCUUCGACAGCUUUGACAGCACGGGCACGGGGUCCCUGGGGCAGGAGGAGCUCACUGACCUCUGCCACAUGCUGCACCUGGAGGAGGUGGCCCCAGCACUGCAGCAGACCCUCCUCCAAGGAAACCUCCUAGGCAGGGUCCACUUUGAUCAGUUUAAAGAAGCACUUAUCCUCAUCUUAUCCAGAACCCUGUCAAAUGAAGAGCACUUCCAAGAGCCAGAUUCCUCCCCGGAAGCACAGCCCAAGUACAUCAAAGGUGGCAAACGCUACGGCCGGCGUUCCCUGCCGGAGUUCCAGGAGUCCGUGGAGGACUUUGCCGAGGUGACGGUCAUUGAGCCUCUGAGCGAGGAGGCACAUCCCACACACAUCCCCUCCAGCGAGCAGCGCUGGAAGACGCGAGACAGCGAGGAGUACGAGGCCGAGGGACAGCUGCGCUUCUGGAACCCGGACGACCUGAACGCCUCCCCUGGCACCUCCCCCAGCCCAGACUGGAUAGAGGAGAAGCUGCAGGAGGUCUGUGAGCACCUGGGGAUCACCAGGGAUGGCCACCUGAACAGGAAGAAGCUGGUUUCCAUCUGUGAGCAGUACGGGUUGCACACGGUGGCUGGGGAGGUGCUCGAAGAGGUGCUCCACAACCUGGAGCAAGAUGGGACCAUGAGUGUAGAGGAUUUCUUUUAUGGCCUGAUUAAAAAUGGGAAGUCACUGACACCCUCGGCGUCUACUCCGUACCGACAGCUGAAACGGCACCUCUCCAUGCAGUCCUUCGACGAGAGCGGGCGGCGCACGACCACCCCCUCGGCCAUGCCCAGCACCAUCGGCUUCUCCCUCUUCUCCAGCCUGGAUGACGGGAUGGGGUACGGCUGCGUGGAGGGUGUCCUCGACUGCUGGCACCAGGAGGGCAUAGAGAACAGCCAGGAGAUCCUGAAGGCUUUGGACUUCAGCUUGGAUGGGAAGGUGAACUUGACGGAGCUGACGCUGGCCCUAGAGAAUGAGCUCCUAAUAACCAAGAAUGGGGUCCACCAGGCAGCCCUGGCGAGCUUCAAAACGGAGAUCAGGCACCUCGUGGAGAGGUUUGACCAAGUGGCCAGAGAGAAGGAGAAGCUGCGGUCGGACUUGGAGAAGGCCGAGAAGCUGAAAUCCCUGAUGGCCUCCGAAGUGGACGAUCACCACGCCGCGAUUGAGCGCCGGAACGAGUACAACCUCAGGAAGCUGGACGAGGAGUACAAGGAGCGAAUCGCGGCCCUGAAGAACGAGCUCCGGAGAGAGAGGGAGCAAAUCCUGCAGCAGGCGAACAAACAGAGGCUAGAGCUGGAGCAGGAGAUUGAAAAGCUGAAAACAGAUGAGAAUUACAUCCGGGACCGCCUGGCCCUGUCCCUGAAGGAAAACAGCCGCCUGGAAAGCGAGCUGCUGGAAACGGGAGAGAAGCUGGCCGAGUGUGAAAGUCUGGCAAGCAAACUGCAGAGGAACUUGGAAAACGUCCUGGCUGAGAAGUUUGGUGACCUGGAUCCCAACAGUGCAGAGUUUUUCCUGCAGGAGGAGAGACUGGCCCAGAUCAAGAGCGAGUACGAGCAGCAGUGCAGAGAGCUGCAGGACCAGAUCGAUGAGCUGCACUCGGAGCUGGAGGAGUACCGUGCCCAGGGCAAAGUGCUCAGGCCUUCCCUGAAAAAUUCCCUCUCGGAAGAGUUUGACAUCGAUGUGAAGAGUCACGGCAACAGCGGGAUCGAGCCCGACCAAGGACUUGGUUCAGAAGACUGUAACCCACUAAAUAUGAGCAUAGAGGCAGAAAUGGCCAUUGAGCAAAUGAAGGAGCAACAUCACAGGGAUCUACAUCACCUCAAACAGGAGCUUGAAGACACAGUGAGCCACUAUGAAAAGCAGCUGGACGAGACAAAAGCCCACUGGGAAAAGGAGCAAGAGGAUAUGAGGAAGAAGUACUCCGAGGAGAUGAAUGUCAUGGAAAAGCAGAUCACUGGCCUCAAAAAUCAAAUAGCAGAGCUGCAGGGGGAGGCAGCAGCGCUCAGGGAACAGCAGGAAGAGCUCGACAGCAAACACAGCGACGAGAAAAACAAGUUACAAGUGUGUUUUGAGGAGGAAAAAGCCAACCUGCAGGAACUGCUGAGGCAGGAGCACGAAGAGGAUGUUAGGGCCAGACUGGAGCAGGUGAACGAGAAGUUCAGCCAGGAACGGGAAGAACUGAUUCAAAACGGUGUCUGGGCGGAAGAGAAGAUGAGAGUCCUGGUGCAGACGCUGCAGGAGGAGAAGGGGGAGCUGGAGCGCGGCUUCCACGAGCAGCUGAAGAGGCUGGCGGAGGUGCACGCCCUGGAGAAGGAAGAGCUGCAGCAGGAGCUGCUGAGGAAGCACGAGCAGGAGCUGGAGGAGGAGAGGAAUAAAAUGGCAAGUGACUAUAACAGAAGAGCAUCUCAUGCACAAACUCAGUUUUCUGUGGACACACAAACGCUUGUGAACAAAUACGAAGAAACCCUCCAAAGCCUGGAAGGACGUUACCAGCGGGAGCUGCGUGAACUCGCUGAGCAGCAAAGGGAGGAGAAAUCCCAGUGGGAGUUUGAAAGGAAUGAGAUUGCUCAGGAGGUCGCUGAAACCCACGAGCACCUGAAGGAGAGCCUGGCAAAUGAAAAGGCUGUUUCUUCUGCCCUGACCCAGGAGAGAGAUCUCCUGGAGAAGAACUUCAAGGAAGAGGUGAACAAGCUGGUGUGCGAGAGGGAGCAGCUCGAGAAGGAGCUGCGAGACCUGAGGAGCGCUGCCGAGGAGCAGGAGAAAAAGCUGAGGGAGAAGAUAGCCCAGCUCCAGAACGACCAUGAAAAAGAGCUUAAGGACAAAGACGAGUUAAUAUCCAUGGUGGAGGAAAAUGGGAAGCUGGUUAGGCAAAAGCUGGAGAGACUGGACAGUGAGUAUAAGCAAGAGAAAGAGGAGCUCAACUCCAGACUUCUUGCUCUGGAGAGUUUAAACAAAGACAUUUGUGCAAGGGCAGAGACAGAAAAGGCAGAGAUGAGUUUGGAAAUCUCAGCCCUUCAAGGGAAAAUACAGAAACUGCAGUGGGAGGCGCGUGGUUUUUCCGCCCUACAAAGCCAUUACAGGGCCCUGGAGAGCGAGUACGCAAAAGCCAAGAGCAAAAUUGCUUCUUACCCUGGUACAGCACCUCUGGGGGAUGAUGCAGAAGUUCUCCAAAGCCUGCAGAAGGUGCACGAGCAGGCUGUGAAGGAGAAUGUCAGGAUGGCUGCCCAGAUCCUCAGGCUGCAGCACCAGCUCCGAGCUGUGGAGCAGGAACAACCUCCCAGUCCCGGCUGCUCCGACUCCGGCUCAGAACCAGAGGGAAUAGAUCCCAGUUUUGAAGGGUUGCCCAGUGAUUGUCAAGAUGCAGAGAAGGGAAUGGAUUCAAAUGUCCUUCCACCUUUGGAGGCUGACAUUACAGACCUGGAAGAUCUGACAGAGGUGGAUUCAGAUUUGGAGGAAGGAUGUGCGAAAGCCGGAGCGGGCGGCCACACACUCAAGGCACAGGGGUGUUGGAUACAAGGAAGUGAAGCAGCUCUGGAUGCUGAUGGCAGUCAGGAUUGUGACAGGAACCAAGAGCUGCUUUCUUGGGUGCCUCUGCUGCCAAAAAAGAGGGACCUCGAGAAAGUUCCCAGAGCAAAAAUGCUACACAACGAUGUUAGACUGCAGAAGGUUCCUCCACUAAAUGGCAGAAUAGCUCCUAAGAAUAAAGGGUUUGUUUCUGAUGCUUUGAAGCUGCAGGUUGAGCUUGAAAAGGCUGAAGAACUGAGCGAAGCCUCUUCCCUGUUGGAUCACACUCCUGGAUCAACAAACGGUGACCUGAAAAGCGUUAUAGCUCAGCUUUGGAAAAGGGUCGAAGAGUUGGAAGACAGAUCCAUGGCACAGGCUGAACUUCUGUCACUGCAGGAAGAAAUUCAGGUGGAAAACGAGGAUCUGAAAGCUGAAAUGAUGCAGUUAAUUGAAAGGAAUAAAGUGCUAGAAGACAACCUGGAAAGGCUGAGAAGCCUUCGUUGCAAACAGGAAGAAAGCGAGCUGGAAAGCGUCGAGUUCAAGGAGGAAAACACGCAGCUCCUCCAAAACAUCACAGAAUUGGAAGAUGUCCAAGAGCAAGACGUAGAUUUGCACAGUGACACAAGAGGUGGGAAGCUGGAAGAACGUCCCGCAGCGUUCCCAGGCCAGCAAGACAAUUCUCAAAGCGACGGCGCGGCGAGAGGGACGUUGGUGGAAAAGCCCGACCAGGAGGAGAAGGCGGCUGCUCCGGGCAUCCCAAACUCCGUGUCCUUCCACCGCGAGGGCGAGGAGAGGAGCGUGGUGACACAGGGCUUGCAGAGCACGUGCACUGAGCUGCAGCAGAAGGUUGAUAUCCUGAGACGCGAGGCCGAGAAGCUCCGAGAAGAAAACGCCGUUCUGAAAAACGAGGUGACUCUGUUAAACGAGGAAGGAAGCGCUUCCAGCCUGAAGCUGAGGGAGCUAAACGGAUCCAGGGAAGAGAUGAGGCAAAAGAUAGAGGCUGUGAGGAAGGAGAAAGUGGCUGUACAGAAGAUGGUUGAGAACCUGAAAAAGCAGGUGGCAGAUCUGAAGACCAGGAACCAACAGCUGGACUCUGAAAACACAGAACUGAGCCAGAGGAACUCCAAAAAUCAAGCAGAUGUGCAGGAUCUCAAUCAACAGCUGGCAAGGGUGCUCGAGCAAAAGGAGAGGGAAGAGGGAAAAUGUACCCUGGAAGAAUGGGAAAAGGAGAGACUGGUACUGAAACAGGAACUGGAAAACUCCAAAAGAAAGUCCUCAAAUCUGGUGUCGUCCCUGGAGGUGGAGGUGUCAAAGAUGAAGGUUCAAGCUCAUCUGAUGGAGCAGGAGAACCACAUCCUCAAGCAGGAGCUGGAGAAGACAAAACAGCUGCCCAGAUGCCCUGAUCUCUCUGACCUCCAAAACGAAGUUUCGAGCUUAAUUACGAAAAAUGAAAAGCUGCAGAAGGAGAAAGAAGCCCUGAGCGAGGAACUGAACAGAUGUAUUGAUAAGGUAGCUCAAGUCAGCUGCUUGGAGAGUGUAAUUAGCAGCUUGAAGCAGGAGCAGAAAUCCUGGGAACAGCAGAGUCAGGCACUGAAAGCACAGCUCACCAUCUCACAAGAAAAGGUUCAGAGCCUUGAUGAAACACUGCAGAGCACCAACCUCCAAGUGUCCCGACUGAAAUCCGACUUACGGGUGACGCAGCAGGAGAAGGAAACUCUGAAACAGGAGGUGGUGUCACUGCACAAGCAACUGCAGAGCACCAGUGAAAAGAAUCGGGUUCUGGAAGGGGCUGUGCCUUCCCCAGGGCUGCAGGACCAGCAGGGGCCAAUGCACUGGGAUGGAGUGGAGCAGCUGACGGAUCAUCGGGAGCAGAGCCUGCUCCGGCAGGAGAAUGAGAGGCUGCAGAGGGAAGUGCAGAGCACUAAAACAGACCUGGCUCACUCCAGGGAGAAGAUCCGACAGCUGGAAUCUACAAUCCUUUCCCUAAAGCACCAAAAGCAUCAAAGCCAGUCAGGCAUCGUCAAAGCCAUAGAGCAGGAGAAACUGAGCCUGAAGAGAGAGUGUGAGCAGCUGCAGAAGGAGUUGUCAUCUGCAAACAGGAAGAUCAGUCAGAUGAAUUCUCUGGAACGUGAACUGGAAACCAGCUCAGAAAAUGAAGGGCUAAGGAAAAAGCAAGUCAAGCUGGAUGAUCAGUUAAUGGAGAUGCUCCACUCCAGCUCCAGCGGGAUGCGUAGCCAGAGCCCGCAUUCCUGGGAGCUCCAGCAGCAAGGCUGUGCCGUGGUGCCCAAGGAACAGUUCCUGCAGCUCCAACACCAGCUACUCCAGGCGGAGAGGAGGAGUCAACGGCUUCAGGAAGAGCUCGAGAGCCGACCCUCGGACACGAACAUGCAGCAGGGGGGUCACGAGCAGCUUCUAAAAAUGAUGGAAGAGCGUAUGAUGGAUGUUGAGCAGAAACUAAGGCUUGUGAAGAGGCUUCUCCAAGAUAAAGUAAAUCAGCUGAAAGAACAACUCUCCAAGAACACCAAAGCGGACGCGAUGGUCAAGGAUCUCUACGUGGAGAACGCGCAGCUCCUCAAGGCUCUGGAGGCGACGGAGCAGCGGCAGAAAUCCGCGGAGAGGAAGAACUAUCUGCUGGAAGAAAAAAUUGCCAACCUCAACAGGAUAGUGAGGAACUUGGCAUCCCCUUCCUUCAGCUCAGCCUCCGAGGUCAGGUCGUAGUGAAGCCACUCCGGGUGUCCCGGGCCCGAGCACUUUACUGAAAUGAAGCUGAUGGUUCAGCUUCUCACUGCGUUGCCUUUUCUUUUUUGUUUUUCUUUUUAAUGUAUGAAUUUUGGUUAACAAGGAGAGCACAGAGCUAAAUUCCCAAACUGGGCACUGCCAAACGAGAGUUUUGUUUGUUCCCAGAUUGUCUUUCUGCUAAGUUUUGCCUAAAAGUAAUGUUUGCUACGUAAAAAAAACCAAACCCGUGUGUUUUCUAGGUUACCUUAUUUUGCUGCCUCGGGUUUCAUGUAAUAUCUGAAUUCUGAAUUUCCUGUACUGGCUCAGUUUGUUGAAGGCUGACCUGUCAGUAUUUCUAGGUUUUGGAGCAUGAGUUAUCAUUCCCAGAAUCCACACUGAAGCCAAGGCCUGAAAGCAAAUUUACAUCACUGAAUUCAAAGCUUUAAAAUAUUUUUGGCUUUCUAAAAUACUUCAUGCUCCAAACCUAGAAAUGCUGAUAGCUCAGGCUUCAGCUGACCAGUCAGCUGAAAUAUAAAUGUCAGUAUAAAUGUUAUGAAAGGCAAGACUUUCCUGGGAUGGUCUGUGUCCUACAAACUGAUUCUGGUCUUUCUAAAGAAAUUAUGCAUUAGGCUUCUGAGUUAUUCUUCAUAGCUUUUUCUGUGCAGAGCUCAGAAAAAAAAAAGGUUUAUUUAAAAUAUAUAACUAGACUGCUGCCUCCAACUAAGUGUAAAAGUAUUUCAUGUGAAGAAAUUUCCCAGCUGGCAAAUAAAGACUGUUUCUAUUUUUGGUUUUUUUUUAAGCUGCCAGACAACUUAUAAAUUGUAGAGGCCUUAAUUUUUUUGUAUGCGGAAGUAAGUUAUAUCAAACACAGGAAGAGUCACUCAACGGAAGCGAAGAUGGGAGUUUUGUUUGUAUAAUUCUGUAAAUUUAUUAUAUAUAAUUUGUAAAUUCAGUAGAGCAGUGCAGUAUGUUUAUUAAACAGCUGGCAGAAGAAUGAAAAGGGGCACUUGGAUGAUUUUUGUCAGUGGAAUCCUGGCGUUGGAAUCCUCACAAACACGGAGCUUUGCCGUGAAUGCAGCGUUUGUUUUGACCUGAGGGAUGGUCUGUAGUAGAUCCUAGUACAGAAUUCAAGUCUGUGAUUAAUUGUAAUUAAUUGUGUGAAGAGACAUAUUCAAUGUGUAUACAAAGAACUCAGGGAAUUAAAUUAACUUCCUUCAGCGUUGUAAAUGUGGAUAUAAAUGUCAGUAGAGGAAGAUAAAUACGUGUUAGGAAAAGCAGGAUAAACCAAACUGUAUUCGGGUGAGUAUUACCUUAGUCCUCCUUAACCAACAGAGGAGCAUCAAGGUUUGGAAUGAGAGGGGAUCCCUCCUGUUGGAUCAGUGGGGGAGGCUGGGAGAAUGCAAGUUUUUUGGGAACACCUUCAAACCAGACCAGUAAGACACCAGUAAACACUGUAAAUCAAACUGGUGACAGGGGCCACGCUGGCAAUACUUGAAACUGGACCUCUUUAAACAGAUGGCUGAGAACACAGAGGGAGAGGUGUUUUGUCUCAGAGACCACUAGUAAGGUGAUAAUUCUGUCAUGAGCCAGGAGUCCCCCAGAAACUGGGAUAACACUGCCUGCAAGCCGUGGAGGAACCUCUGGAAAAAGGAGUUUUACUUGGUGCUGAUUAGCACGUGGCUGUAGAGGAUGCUCUCUGUGUCUGUGGGGUUACUUCUUAAUUUUGGAGGGUUGGUGGGCCUUCUUCCUCCUCCUCCAUUGCAGGCAACAUACUGGAAAUAGAAAUAUAAUCAUGGAAGAACAAACAUCAUGUUGCAGCAUCACACAGUCCUUAUAAAUCAUUCCACUGCUGUGCUUCCCUAAAUGCCAGGAGUGGGGAUUCCUCCAAGUCAUCUCAAACCCAAGGAUUUGCUGGUUUUUUGGAGGCUGCAAAAAUAUCUUCCCAAAUUGGAAUCGUGCCAAAUUGAUGUAAAUCUGAGGUUUUAAAAAGCUGAAGUAGUGAGAUCUUGUUUCUUUUAAUAUUAAAUCACCAAGUGGUCUCAGCUACAAUAAAUCUCUGUGUGUUUGCAAAGUGGGAACUGAGCACACCCCUAAAACCAGACCCAUGCUAUGGGAAUUAGCAAAGCUCCAAAAUACUUCCAGGAAACGAAGGAAAUGAGGUCCAGAACUGCUAUUUGGGAAAAUACUAUUAGCUAGCACUAAUUUAGUACUAAUUAUUUUAACACUAGUUUGUACCUUGACCUUGGUUUACUUCUGUCUGUGACCAAGGUCUGAAGAGAGAGAAUAUUUCACUUAAGUUGUUGUGCAAUUCAUUUCACAUGACUCAAUUUUAAAGGCUCCACUGCUUAACUAAUUCUUUUAAUCUCCUGGUAGUUACCAGGCUUUUCCAAACCAAAAAUACAGACAUUGCAAGAGCACACCACCAAAAAGGGAGCCCAGGUGUUGGAAUAGAAGGGAGAAACAGAGAAAAGGGCCUUUUGGCUUCUCCCUUUCUCCCCUAUCCUACCUUGCUCUGCAUUUAUUUCAUUUACAUUCAAAAAAAACCCCCCAACCUAAGCAGAGGAGAGAGGAGGAGGAAAACGUCCUACUGGUGAAUAUUUUUGAGGCAAAACUCCACUUCCACUGGUGUAUUUGUGUGAAUUAAUUCUCAGAAGUGCCUUUUGCCAUUACACAUUUUAGAGCCUUUCUCUGCUGUGCUGGGUUCGUUGCUCCAGGGUAAUUCAGGACAAUCCCUUCCCAAAUGGAGGGAUCCCAGAGAAAGGCAGUGCUGCUUACGGGUGUCUGUGUUGCUUCUUGGUUCUCAUUGUGUCAGCUCAGAAGAGAAGCAGCUCUUUUUACAAAGUCCAGGCUACUGAAAAUAACCAUAUAAACGUGUAAAUUAUUAGAGCAUUAAUGGUGUUUUGUGCAUGAAUGUGUCUCCUAUGCAGUAUAGGCAAAAACCAAAGUAUUUAAUGUUGUAGCAGUCAAAAGUCACUGAAUUUUUAGGCCUCGUUCAUACAACAGGUCUUGCCAUGUCACAUAUGAACUACUUUAUUACCAGAAGGCGGUUUAAGUGUUUUCAACUGUUGCUUUAUGAAUCACUGUGAAAAUAAAGGCACAUAGACAUUUCAGGUUGGGGGUUUUGGAAGGGCACAGUCCCCAAGUUAAAUUUAUGUGUACUAAAUAUCACACAGUUGAAGUGCUGCUUGUCAGUUUAGAAUGAUUUAAAAGUCCACAUUGUGGCACAUUCUCCAAGUAGUACUUAAAUACAAGGAAAAUUGAAUUAUUUGAAUUCUGGUUGGAAAAAAAAGAAGGGUUGUAACAUAUUUGAUUUUAACCAGAUUAUGAGUUAGGUAGAGCAGGGGACAGUCUGGAUCUAUCAAGUAAAACCCUUUUGUUUACUUUCAGCAAAUACCACCCCUGUCUCUCAGGAUUUCCAUCAUUUACCUGUUCAGUCUCCCAUUUGGUGUCAUUUCAUGAUGAAUGACUUCUGUAUAAAUGAAAACAAAUGUAUAUAUAUUUUUUUCUAUCGAGUUCGUUUUGUUCUGGUGUAAUAUAUUGUCCUUAGAACAUCGUGUAAAACUGAGAGAUGAACCAACUUACACAUUAUUUAUAAUGGAUGCAAAAAAAUACAUUAAUGUAUGAUCCGU